UCCACCAGCCUUGGCCUCCCAAAGUGCUGGGAUUACAGGCGUGAGCCACCACACUGGCCUCUUCUGUACUGUUGAGAUUUUUUUCUCAGUGCAGUCUUCUUUAGCUAAUUAGAACGAAGGAAAAUGUGAAACAUUUGAUCAGUGAGGAGGUUGCCCUCUGGUCUUUAAGGGCCCAGAACAUGGGUGAGUCCCGCCAGCAGGAGAGCCCAUGGCUACCCAUGGCUACCCUGUCCCCUGAACCUGGCCCAGCCCCUGCUCUGCCUGGCAGGUGGCCCUGGUGGGGCCACGCCUUGCCCUCCCCACACUCAGCACCACCUGUCUGCUGUCCCCACAGGUGGCCAUGGUGGAGGUGCAGCUGGAGACGCAGUACCAGUACCCUCGGCCGCUGCUGAUUGCCUUCAGCGCCUGCACCACGGUGCUGGUGGCCGUGCACCUGUUCGCCCUCCUCAUCAGCACCUGCAUCCUGCCCAACGUGGAGGCUGUGAGCAACAUCCACAACCUGAACUCCAUCAGCGAGUCUCCGCAUGAGCGCAUGCACCCCUACAUCGAGCUGGCCUGGGGCUUCUCCACCGUGCUAGGCAUCCUGCUCUUCCUGGCCGAGGUGGUGCUGCUCUGCUGGAUCAAAUUCCUCCCUGUGGACGCCCGGCGCCAGCCUGGCCCCCCGCCCGGCCCCGGGAGCCACACGGGCUGGCAGGCCGCGCUGGUGUCCACCAUUAUCAUGGUGCCUGUCGGCCUCAUCUUCGUGGUCUUCACCAUCCACUUCUACCGCUCUCUGGUGCGCCACAAAACGGAGCGCCACAACCGCGAGAUCGAGGAGCUCCACAAGCUCAAGGUCCAGCUGGACGGGCAUGAGCGCAGCCUGCAGGUCGUGUGAGGGGCUGAGGGCCGGGGCUGGGGGCGGCCCUGCGCCCAGGAGCCCGCAGAGGCGGGGAUUUGUCAGAUGCAGACAUUUUGCAAGGCUGCCGGGUAGUUCAAGACCAAAGUUUUCCUCUUGUCUUAAUACCAUAAGGACUGGAUGACUUCUUCUGAGAUGGAACCAUCUGGUUCAACGAGGGACUGUGUUGCUAAGAGCAUUGGGGGCAAAACCAGGCUGGUUCCUUGGCCUCAAGGUUUCCUGGGUCGGGGACACAGUGAAGAGGCUACAGCGGGAUCUGCCCAUCAGUCCUGGGCCAGAAGGGCCUCCAAGUAGCACCCAGUGGGUGCUCAGACCCGGCAUGCGUGGCUGGCAGGCCUGGGAGAGCCAGGGCAGGGUUUUGUUUUCAGAGAAUGAUUGCCCCAGAGACCCGUGAUGGGCUUCGUGGAUGCCGAGUGGCCCGUGUGACAGUGAUGACACGAGGGCUGCGGCAUUUGAGUGGGUGCAGGUGCACGGCAGGGCUUGGUGCUUCCCUGCCUGGCCCUGGAGCAAGCUGGGUGGCCUGGCUUCAAGAGAAGACAGGAGCCAGGACACAUGUCAGCCCAGCAGGUGCGCGGGGUGCUGCAGCCCUCGGCAGUGGUGUCAGGCCCCCGGGGAUGUUUCCAACGGGGGGCGGCCUAGCUGAGCCGGAGGAGACAUGUUCACGGGCAUCUACGAGACACCCCCAUGAGAAAGUUAUUUGAGGCCUGCUGCAAAGUAUGCUAGGCUCAAAUUCUCUUUUCUCAGCCAGAGAGAGCCCUGGCCACACGGACUCAGCAGGGCCACCGGGGUGGGGAAAGGACCCUUCCCCCCCGCCCCCCGCAGCCAGCGGCCUCCAGCUGUCAGCCACAGAAUGGCCUCUGAGGCUGGCUCAGCCACUCCCCUGGGCUGUGGCAGCCUGAGGCGGAGGCUCUGGCUCAGGCCCCGGAGCCUGUGCAGCUUCCUGUGGCCCCAGGCAGCAAGCAGACAUCCUGGAGGACUUCCUGUCUAGGCAAGGCCAUUGGCCUGGCCUGUGGAUAGUGGGGCCAGGGGUUGGCCCAGGCCAAAUGGGUGCCCUCCUUGUUAUGACACCGAGUGACUACAAGGGAGGCAAGACCCCUCCAGGCCUCUCAGCCGACACUGGGUCCCACCACACACGGUGACUGCGCUGUGCAGUGCGGGUUCUGGCCUUUUCCCUAAGGGCAUCUGGUAGACCCAAAGCCACACUCGGGCCGCGCACGCACGCCGCAGCACCAGCUUCCCUGAGCUGCUUAUACAACCACCACCUUUCCCUUCGUCUCCAGCUGUAACCUGGAGAGCCAGCCAUGCCUUGUCUUUUGUUCUCAUAGUCACUGGGGCCGGGCGCAGUG